GCAGCAAUCCAAUAUUCACCAAAAAUAUUUGUGAUGGAUGAAACAACUGCCGUCAAGAGACUCGUUGAUAAUUCACUUCGCUCGACUUCAUCGCAUAUUCCUUUGGAUACAAUACAAGAAACAAUCUUGUGUAGACUCCCUAUAAAGUCCCUCCUACGAUUCCGCUGCAUAUGCAAGCCAUGGGAUUCUCUAAUCUCAAAGGAUCUCAAAUUCGCCAAGAAACACCUUCGCGUGUCUCCCAAACGCCAACACCUCGUCACAACCACAACCCCAUCCGGGGCUGAAGACUUAACUAUGUCUGUCAUGUCUUGUCCAUUCGACUCUCUUAAUCUCCACUCUAAUCUUCACUCUAAGUCCACUCAACUCGAUUACUCUCCCAUACUAUCAUCAAAAUACCAUGAUGGCCUUGUUGCUUCUAGCGACGGCAUUCUUUGUUUUACCGUUAAUGGACGGGCUGUUCUCUAUAACCCUUGUAUUAGAAAACUACAAGAAUUACCCUAUAUAGAUCUUCCACACAAGAAAGGUUCAACUUAUUAUGCUUUUGGUUUUGGCUAUGAUCCUUUCAUCGAUAAUUACAAGGUUGUUGCUGAUAUGUACAUUUAUGAAACUCAAGUUAUAGAAACUCAUAGUUAUACUUUGGGCACUGCCUCUUGGAAAAGGAUUAAGGACUUCCCUUCUAAGUUUAGUAUGAAUGGAUUUAGUAAAUCAGAACAUGGAAUAUUCAUUAGAGGCGCGGUUAAUUGGUUGACAUCUAACUCGUAUGGUUAUUCGCGUGACAUUGUUUCUCUUGAUUUGGGGAAGGAAUCUUAUCAAGAAAUAUCACUACCUGAUCUACCUGAUUUACCUUUUGGAGAUGAGUAUAAACAGACGUUGACAUUAGAUGUGAUGAGGGAUUGCUUGUGCUUAUUUGAUAUUUAUCAAGGAAAGAGGCCAGACCGCCACGCUUUCACAGAUGUUUGGCUUAUGAAGGAAUACGGAGAUAAAGAGUCUUGGAUUAAAUUGAUUCGUCUCCCUAGCUUUGCUAGCUACGCUGAUUUCAUGAAUAUAGUAUAUAUUUCUGAGGACAACCAUAUGUUGCUUGUCUUCAGAAACAAUAGUAAAUUCAAGGGGGGUGUUUACGAUUCUAAAAAUGAUACUAUUACUAUAAAGAGUUCUAGGACUCAAGAUAAGUUAGGUAUGGUAAAGUCAAAAGUCUACCUUGAAAGUUUGAUAUCACCUUCAUAAUAAUAUUAGGAUGUAGAUGAAGUGCUAUGUCACUUAUUUGAGCUCAACUUUCUUUUAUGUUUGUUUUUAGUGUUGACAGCUUGAUGGAUCAUUGUUGAUUAUAACAGUGAAUGAAAUUUGCAGUUUGAGAAAUUAUUUUGUUAUUUUCAUUUGUUUUGUUUUGUUAGUUGAGGUUAUUGGUUCUGAAUCAUGCU